AUGUACUUCUUGGACGUGUUUCUCGUUUCUUUCGUCUUGACUGUGCUUCCGAGGCCGAUCGUGACCGCGAGACAGAGAAUCGCCGAUCAAAUCGGAGAAUGGGGAUUUGCAUUCUUCAAAGGGAUUUGUACCGUAGCUAUCUUCACUCUGUUUCACUGGUUAGGUGAAAAGCUGCUUGCUGAUAAAGAUAUCUUCGUAGCACUCUCGUGUAUCUUCUUCUUUGUACAUCUCCGAGUAAUUCAUGAGAUUACCGAUGACUUCGGGAUCGCACAAGGGUUUCUAAUCGCCGGUUACACAGUUCUCAUCGCCGAGUCCCCAAACCUCCCUCACAUUAUAGGGUUUAGUGCUGCUUUUACCGUCCUCUUAGCCAUUGUGAAUACUCCCCAGCCACCGUAUCAACCACCGUACCAAGAAAUUGAGAUGGAUGAGGCCGAGCAACCACCGAAUUCUGACGAUGAAUAUGACGACGCUCCAGAGCAACUUGCAAAUCCGCCGGAGGAUCUUGAAGUCGGACACGAAGGGCCGGUGAUUCCGGCAAUGGCGAUUCCACUGCAAGCCAAAGGAAAGUGGGCCGAAGCCCAAAAUUCGAAGUGGAAGUUUGCCCAUACUACUGAAACAAGAUGUAAACUGAUUUAG